ACCCCGAACAUCUGCAUCUGUCCCUGGGCCCCGCACAUCUGUCUCUCUGUCCCAAACACCCGGCUCUGCCCUGUGGCCCCCGAGCAGCCGGCUCUGCCCUCCAUCCCCCGAACACCCGGCUGUCCCCCGGGCCCACCGAGCAGCCGGCUCUGCCCUCCAUCCCCCGAGCAGCCGGCUCUCCCCCGUGCCCGCUGCCCGGCACAGCGCAGCCGCUGCGCCAUCGUUCCCGCUGCCCGCAGUGCCGCACGCUGGGGCCGGGCCCGCACCCGGCUGCCGCUGCUCGCCGCCGCUCGCCAGCUCGCCCAGGACAUCGCCGAGAAGCUGCAGGAGCGGAACCGCUGCCAGCGGAGCGGGGAGAGCUCGGCCAAGGUCAACGUGGCCAUCAGGUCCUCGCUGCAGAGCCUCAGGGAGAAGAUUGAGCAGCUGAGGGAGCAGCUGCUGCGGGCAGUGUCCACUCGGCAGAUCACCCAGCUGGAGGGGGACAGGAGGCAGAACUUGGUGGACGAGCUCCUGACCCGGCACAGACAGCUGGAGGCAUCCUACAGGAAUGAAGGCCCAGAGCCAGACAUGAGCAGAUCCAGCCUGAUGGCAGGAGGGGCCAAGCGAGGCCCCAGCAACCCCUGGCUCCUGGAAGAACCGGAGGAGACACGAGGACUUGGCUUUGAUGAGCUCAGGCAGCAGCAGAGAAGGAUCAUCGAAGAACAAGAUGCUGGACUCGAUGCUCUUUCUUCAAUCAUAUCCAGGCAGAAGCAGAUGGGGCAGGAGAUUGGGAAUGAGCUGGACGAGCAGAACGAGAUCAUCGAUGACCUGACGAGCCUGGUGGAGAGCACGGACGGCCGGCUGCGCAGCCAGACCCGCCACGUCAAGGUGGUGGAGAGGAAAUCGACGUCGUGCGGGAUGCUGGUGGUGAUCGUGCUGCUGCUCAUCGCCAUCGCCGUGGUCGCGCUCUGGCCCACGGGCUAACCCCGGCCAGUCCUGCCAGAGAGCUGCUCCAGGGCAGCCCCAGGGCUCGGGGAGGCACCUCUGGGGGCAGGGGAUGAGCUCCAUCCAACUUUGGGAAUAAACUCCACUGCUGGGAAUGAGCUCCAGCCAUCGCUGGGAAUGAACUGCAGAGCUGGGAAGGAACUGCACCCAUCGCUGGGAUCAAACUCCACUGCUGGGAAUGAACUGCACCCAUCGCUGGGAUCAAACUCCACUGCUGGGAAUGAGCUCCUUCCAUCGCUGGGAACAAACUCCACUGCUGGGAAUGAGCUCCUUCCAUCGCUGGGAACAAACUCCACUGCUGGGAAUGAGCUCCAGAGCUGGGAAUGGGCUCCAGCCAUCGCUGGGAAUAAACUCUCUACUGCUGGGAAUGAACUGCAGAGCUGGGAAUGAACUGCACCCAUUGUUGGGAGUAAACUCCACUGCUGGGAAUGAGCUCCAUCCAUUGUUGGGAAUAAGCUCCACUGCUGGCAGUGAACUCCACUGCAGCAGACUGAGCAGCAUCCACCAGACACCCGCUCUCCUUGGCUGAGCAGCUCGGUGGGGUCUGGAGGAUUCAGUGGGAAAAAGGAUUUCAUCCCACUGUCAGGAUUUCAUCCCACUGACAGCAUUUCAUCCCACUGACAGCAUUUCAUCCCACUGACAGCAUUUCAUCCCACUCUUCCCACCUUCCCCUGGCACUCAGCAGCUGCAGCUGAGGGAUGGACCCCCCUCUCCUGCUCUGGGGCACGCUGGUGCUGCUGCCCUGCCCCUCUCGCUGAGCCCAGACACCCCAGGGCUCCCAGCACCGAAAUCCAGGAGCGGUUUGGAGAGCAGCAGCGUUCCCUGCUUUGGGAUCCCUCCUUCAGAGGGAAAAUUCUCUGUUCCAGGAAUGGGGAGUGGCUGCAUCUGGGUUCUCCAGGAUGGGAAGUGCCAGCCCUGCAGGACCCCCGUGGGCAGCACGGAGCCAACGGUGACCGGGCAGUGCUCAGCCCUUGGGGAGGCACUGCUGGGUAUUGAUCCCCAGGGAUGGCUGUUGCUGGGUUAUUGAUCCCCAGGGAUGGCUAUUGCUGGGUUAUGGAUCUCCAGGGAUGGCUAUUGGUGGGUUAUUGAUCCCCAGGGAUGGCUAUUUGUGGGUUAUUGAUCCCCAGGGAUGGCUAUUGGUGGGUUAUGGAUCUCCAGGGAUGGGAAUUGAACAGCAGCAGGCUCAGCCCAGCCUGUGAGAGUGGAGAGCUUUGCCCUCGUGUGCUCCCCAGGGGCUCUGCCAGCCUGGCCUCAGGAGAUGCACCACAAUUAACGUCCUCACUGAGCUCUGGCUCUUCCUUUGACAGCUUCUCACACCCUUCUGCAGCUGAGAGGAAGGAUUACCUAUUUCAAAACUAAUGAAAAAGAAGUAUUAAAUGUUUGCUUCUGGCCAAGAGAAUAAUUAUUUUGUUACACAUGUCAGUUUGAUUUCAGGAUUAAUAGAGCAGCAAUAAAUACUGAUUAAAGCUGAUCCAUUUAUAUACA